CGCCUGUUGACUGGCACCGUUUACAUGGGCGAUAUCAAAGUCAGUCUAGCUCAUGUGGCAUGUCGUCAGUUUCGGAGGCAAUGUUCUCACGUUAUUGCUUGUCUUCACCAAGAAUCCCCAAGAAACCAGGCUUGAUCAAUCCAACUUGACUCCACUUUACGGGGCAUUCCCCAUGUGGAGUUGUAUUUGCUACCGACUGUAAGCCAUGCAAAACUUGUUGCGGGAUGCAUAAAACGAGGUUACCAACCCGCACUUUCACUCCAUAUCGCUCCUUACAACUUUCAUUCUUCAACUACAGGGCACGCCCACUUGCCUUAGACCAACGUGCGCCAUGUCUGUCAACCCAGCGCCAGCACAAGUUGUGCUCGACGAGAAGAACAUAGAUCCAAGACAAGUCGAAGAUGUAGUCUCUGGAAAACAAACGAGUGGGCUCGUAGAAGAUGCCAAAAAUGCUUCUGAUGCCGAACAUACCAUGAGCCUUUGGAAGGCUAUCAAGUUGUAUCCCAAUGCCAUCGGAUGGUCAGUCCUACUGUCGUCGACUUUGAUUAUGGAAGGGUACGACCUCGCACUCCUUGGUAGCCUUUACGCAUCGCCAGAAUUCAACAAGAAGUACGGCACUUACAACCCAAGUACCGGCAAAUGGGCGAUCUCUGCAGCCUGGCAGUCUGGUCUUUCGAACGGCGCUAGAGCAGGGGAGAUUUUUGGCCUCAUCAUCGCAGGUUGGACAGCGGACCGUUUUGGCUACAGAAUAACCACCAUUGGCUCGUUGAUAUUAAUGAUUGCGUUCAUCUUUGUCCUAUUUUUUGCUCCCAAUCUCCCGGUCCUGGUUGUUGGCGAAAUACUCUGUGGUAUUCCAUGGGGUGCCUUCCAAUCUGUCACGCCUGCAUAUGCUUCCGAGGUCGCGCCAACAGUGCUCAGGCCUUACCUGACAACUUUCAUCAAUCUUUGCUGGGUGAUUGGGCAGUUCUUUGCAGCGGCUGUAAACCGAGGUUCAGUCAACCGCACUGAUCAGUGGGCUUAUCGCAUUCCCUUUGGUGUGCAGUGGGUUUGGCCGCUCCCAAUUCUUGCUGGUCUGAUCUUUGCGCCCGAGUCGCCGUGGUGGCAUGUUCGUCACGGGAAUCGAGAAGCUGCAAAGAAAUCCUUGCUCCGAUUGACAUCCAAGAAUCAGCCUGGUUUCAAUGCGGAUGAAACAAUUGCAUUGAUCGAGCACACCAACGAAAUGGAGAAGGCGGUACAAGAGGGUGUGACCUAUCGUGAUUGUUUCAAAGGAGUGGACCUUCGACGAACAGAAAUUGUCGUCGGCAUUUGGCUUGUGCAGACAUUAGGUGGUCAGAACCUGAUGGGAUACUUCUCGUACUUUUUGGUGCAAGCCGGAAUGGAUCCCGCCAAUUCCUUUUCUCUCUCUAUGGGCAAUUCCGCUCUUGGGGCUGUAGGAACCAUGGGGUCCUGGUUCUUGAUGAGCCGAGUGGGUCGUCGAACGAUACAUUUCAGUGGUCUCUGCGGCCAACUCACCAUCUUGAUCAUCGUGGGAUGUCUUUCCUUUGCAUCCUCGAACAAUGCGAAGUGGGCAAUCGGCGCAAUGUUGAUCGUCUUCACGUUCGUGUAUGACUUUACGGUCGGACCUGUGACAUACUCACUUGUCUCCGAGCUUUCUUCGACCCGGUUGAAGGCAAAGACGAUAGUGUUGGCAAGAGCUGGGUACAAUGCCAGCAACAUCUUUGUGAAUGUCAUGACCAACUAUCAGCUCAGUUCUACAGCCUGGAAUUGGAGUAGCCGAGCAGCAUUCUUCUGGGCUGGAACUUGUUUGAUGUCCGCUGUUUGGGUGUUCUUCCGCCUGCCAGAGCCCAAGGGCCGCACAUAUGCCGAGCUUGACCUGUUGUUCGAACACGAAGUGCCUGCUCGGAAAUUCGCAAAGACAACAAUCGACCCUUAUUCACACAACAUUGUACCAGUAAAGCGAAUGUCAAACGGAACUGAUGAAUUAGACACGACCCACUAGGAGAGUCUCAUCUAAAGUCUCAACAAGGGUCAAGAGAAGACAUGUGACUUAAAUGAUGAGGACCGUUCGGAUGGGAGCUUUCUCUGAGUAGGGGCUAGAUAGUUGUGAAAUAUGGC